CAUCAGUAUGGGCAGUUAAAUAUUUUAGACAUUACAUUCACGGAUCGAGAUUUACACUUAUAACAGAUCAUAAAGCUUUACAAUGGCUAUUAAAUAACACAACUCUCAACGAAAACAAAAGGAUAACCAGAUGGCGAUUAACCCUACAAGAAUAUCAGUAUGAUAUAAAAUAUCGUGCUGGUAAACGGAACCAAAAUGCAGAUUUCUUUUCACGAUUACCUACAACAGACCCAAUAGAUAAUGGAUAA